UGGGUAAUGUGAGACUGUGGAGCUUCUUGUUGACCAAGAAAAGUGUUGGUUUCAGUAGUGAUAUAUACACUAGUUUGAUUGGGGGUCAGGAAGUUAUAUGCAUCCAGAAUCAAUACCUACCAUUAUUAUGCUUCUCAACUAUGAGCAAGAUUCUAUUUUACCUAUAGAUCCCUGCUCCUGCCCCUUGCAUGUCUGGGGCCGUGAGAGGAGCCCUGAACUUGAAAAUAUCAGUGUGAAUAUGAAAUGGAAGUGUCAGUUAAAUUCUUAUCACCCGACCCUGACUUAAAUUUAUAGCUGUUCUGUUGGUUAACUCACAUUAAGCAAAUAAUGUUAAUUUGUAUGAAUGGUGUAUACUGUAUUAGGUAUAAAGGUAAUGUUUGAUUACGAGUAAAAAACAGACGAUAGGCUUGUUUUAUUUCUUUAUUCUUUUCCUUGGUUCACAGUUGCACAUAAAUAUUCAACGAAUAGUGCCUACUCAUUUUAAGCACUUGAAGAACUUGAAGCUUAUUUUCUCAUUACACUAGUACAAUUUUACUAUUGUAUUUAUAGAGUACAAAAGAGUAGAAUACAAAAGGUCAAGACACUUCCUUAAACCCUAACCUAAUAGUUGGGUUCCCAUACAUAAAUAAUAAUAAACAUUACAUUUCAACACUCCCCCUCAAGCUGAAGCAUUUAUAUGCACCAAGCUUGGAACAUAUAAAUUGAAUUCUAGACCCCCUUCGAGAUUUAGUUAGAAUGUCUGCAAGUUGUUCAUUAGAGUUGAUAAACUCAGUAAUAAGAUCCUUGGAAAGUAGCUUGAAAAAGUAUCACAAUAGUCAAGGCCAUAAACUUGAGUGUAUCCCUUAGCUACUAGAUGAGCUUUGAGAUGAUCUAUUGCUUUCAAUGGGGAGAUACAAAUUCCAAUGAGAUAUGAGCCCAAUCACAUAAGGAAAUGACACCAUUCUUUAUCCAAAACCUUAAGGCAAUCCCAUCAUAACCCACAAAGGUCUCAAGACAUAACACCCACAUUUUAUACCUUGCCAAAAAAGUAAGGAAAGUUCCACUGAGAAACCACCAAAACAUCUGAAAGACAUGAUCACAACACUACGUACUCAUACAGUCCCUCACGAGUAUCACACGUUACACACACCAAACAAACAAAGUAGAGUCAGCUCCCCUUACCAAUUCACGUAAACACCCACUUUGCAUGCAAUGUUCCACACACACACAUUUAAGCAUUAAAGUGACCCAUGAAAUUAACAAAAGUGACUUUUCUCUUUCCAAGAUAAAUAACGUGGGCCCCACUCACCCAAGUUAAACUUUCUAAAACUUAAAUACAACUUAUUCUACCAAGUGGGUUAUGCAGAACUUGACUUUCCCAACCAAUGCACACGGCCCCCCACAACGCUCAAGGUUUUAAAUCUUAGUUACUCUCAUCUACUCCCAUGUAACCCUCAAUUUAAACAUUCACUAUACUUCCUCUGUUCCUAAAUCACAUCCACCAUUAUCAUGCAAUAAACCCCAAAAAAAUCAUUUUAAACCUUCCCAACUCAUAAACACAUGCCUAACUUCCAACCCUUCUAUGUUUCCUACACACCAAGUAAACCAUAAGCAUCCCUCAACAAAACCCACUCAACUCAAAAGCUACAGGAACUGUAGAAACUAAACCAUAAAAUACAAUCACCCAUACCCUAACAAUAUACCUCUCUACCUCUCACAACUUCUAAGACUUCUUGCUGAACAUAUUGCCAUAAAACAACACAUAAUUGAAAAUCCAGGUUCCACCACUGAGGUUUUUCUUCAUCUGGAACAGUAGAGACAUCUUGUUCAAGAUGAUUAUGGUGUCCUUGACUAAGAAACCAUAACUCCACAGAAGCAGACCAAGAUAAGUAAUUUUUUCCAGUUGAGCUUUGCAGUGGUAAUAAUAGGAGUAGAAGAUAGAGAGGAAGUCAUUCCAAUAGGAGAAACCAUUAAAAAAAAAACAACUUUGAGAGGAAAAUCCUAGGAUUCUAAAACAAACCUAGCUUUGAGGGAAAAGCCCUAGGUGAAAGCUACGACCAAUGAAAUAGAAGGACAAAGAUAUCAACAUGUUCAGGAGGCUCUGGCGAGACCAACGACAAUGGUGCAGUGCAAUUCCGACACUAGGAAGGCAACUUGACAAACACGCGCCCGAAGCUGGCCAGAAAAAGACGGCGUGUGAUGACGCAUGUGGGGGUUUCUGAGGCAGCAACCACUAGGGAUCAGUUGCGCUUCUCAAGGCGCACCUAACCUUGACUUUGCUGGAGAAGAUGUAAGGGCGACAGUGGCAGCAAACACGAAAACAGAGGAGGACAACGGCCCCAAUGAUAGAUAGUGAGGAUGGAAUGGUCUGACUCUUGAUACCAACUUGAAGAACUUGUCUGAAGUAAAAAAAUGUGAGAAGGGCAUUGGAGAAUCAACUGGGAAACCUUUGCAUUAUAAGGGAACAAGCUUUCAUCGUAUAAUUAGAGGUUUCAUGGCUCAAGGUGGUGAUUUUUCAAGGGGUAAUGGCACUGGCGGGGAAAGUAUAUAUGGUGGAAAAUUUGCGGAUGAAAAUUUCAAACUAAGACAUGAUGGACCUGGCUUUCUUUCUAUGGCUAAUAGUGGCCCUAAUACAAAUGGAUCUCAGUUUUUUAUUACAUUCAAGCGCCAACCACAUCUUGAUGGGAAACAUGUUGUUUUUGGAAAAGUUGUCAAUGGAUUGGAUGUUCUGAAGAAAAUUGAGCUGGCAGGAACAUCUGAUGGGAAACCUACCCAGAUAGUUAAAAUUGUUGAUUGCGGUGAAGUUUCUGAAACAAAAACUCAGCAUACUGCUGAGAAGGAAAAAGGGAAAAUGAGAAAAACAGGAAAACCCCUUCCUUCUGAUGAUAGUUCCGACUCUACUGACAAAAAGUCAAGGGGGAAAAGAAAAAAAUCUUCCAAAGACACAAGGAAAAAGAGGAGAAGAUACUCAACAUCUGAUAGUGAUAGUUAUUCCUCAGAUUCUGAGUCAGAUUCAGCUUCUGAUUCUGAAUCGGAUUCAUCUGAUUCUGAUUCUAGUUCCUCUAGUUAUGGGAAACACCAGAAGAGGAGAAAUAAGCGCAGGCAUGGGAAGAAGAGGAAAUUUGGACGAAAGCAGAGCAAGAAAAGCAGGCACAGUCGAAGCAGAAGAUCAAAGCACAAGUCUAGGCGCAGCUAUGAUGAUUCAAGUGAUAGCUCUAGUGGUAGCAGUAGUAGUUCUGGCGAUGAGAAAACUGAUCGUCGCACCUCAAUUCGGCAAAGACAUGUUGACAACAAAGCACAAAGAAAUCUACACACAGAAAAACAACCUUCUAGUCUUCCUCGGCAAGAUCAAAUUAUUCCGGAGCAAACAACGGAUACUGAGGUUAGAAGAACUGUGGACAAGCAAUCACAUGAAGAAGGUGAAUUGUCUCCAGAAAAUGGGGCAUUUGUGAAUAACGGGCAUGAUACUAAAGCUGAAUUUAGUGAACCUGCUAAGCAACAUGCUAAUUCAGAUGAUUCAAAGGAGAAUAGAAGUGCAAGAACUGGGCGAAGUCCUACCAAGGAUUCUGGUGAGCUAAACCAGGGACGUGCUUUGUUGCUGGCUAGUUCUGGUCAAAAAGCAUCUGAACAUGCAGCCCCUAAACAUGGUCAAAGGUUUUCAAAAAGCCCUUCACCAAAUGGCACACCUAAGCGUAUUAAAAAAGGACGUGGGUUUACUGAGCGUUAUGCCUUUGCCCGCAGAUAUCGUACUCCAUCUCCUGAGCGGUCACCUCAUGCAUAUAGGUAUGGUGAUAGAAAUAUAAGAAGGAACUUUGAUAGAAACACAAGCUACAGAAGUUAUUCUGAGCGCUCUCCACCACGACGUUAUCGAAGCCCACCUGGUGGCAGAAAUCGUCCAAGAUACCAAAGCAGGAGAAGUCUCAGUAGGAGCAUCUCUCGCAGUCCAGUGCGUGGGCGUUUUAGAGACCGUGACCGGAGUCGGAGCCCAAGACGUAGUGUUAGUCCUGAAGACAGGCGACCUCCAAUAAGUGACAGAUUAAAAUCCCGACUUGGUCCAAGAAGCGAUGAACGAUUGGCAGACAGAAGGGGGAGGUCAAAGUCCAAUUCUAGGAGCAGUGGCUCAUCUCGGUCCAGAUCCCCUGAUGCUACACCACCAAAACGAUAUGAUAAAAGGACUUCCCUAUCUCGUAGCAGGUCUAAGUCCAGCUCUUCUUCCGGUCAGAAGGGUUUAGUUUCUUAUGGAGAUGCUAGUCCUGAUUCUGGAGUAAGGUUGAGACGGGGUUAGGAACUGUAUGGUCAGUGCAAGCUUAGAUCAGUUAGAUGGCAAUCACUCAAAGAUGUACGAAUCUACGCUUUCGUCAUGGCAAGUUCUCUCAAAGAUGGAUUUGGUAGUUCAUGGAGUUUUUGGAUGAGAGAUAUGGGGUAAAUGAUGAAGGUAAAAUUAGUGGGUUUGGGUGGUUUUUAUUUUUCAGGAAUAGUUGAUGUUGAUGUUUGUGUUAGGUGGUCGACUUGGAGGAGGAAUAGAAAGGACUGGUAUGGCAAAGGUCCGAUCUUCGUGCA